AUGGCGCGUUUCCUCACCGCGAACAGAGCUGCCGUCGUCGUCAUUGACCAUCCAGGCGACGCCUCGAUCGUACAGUUCUCUUCUUCUCGCACCCGCGAUCUGCAGACUGUGUAUAAUAGUGGCACUGUCCCUCUGUCCAACCUGUCGCCCAUCACAACGUGGAAUUCCACCGUGCAGAAAGCAGUAGACACGCGCAUCUCUGACAUCCGGUUCACACUCUCUCAAAUCAGCACCGCCGCUCUUCUCCAACACCAGUUCACAACUCCACGCUUCACAUCCGGGCUGAACACAGCUACCUACGGUAUCAUCGGCCACGGUCUUGGCGGCACAGUCGCAAACUCUCUCGGCCUCCCCACCCCUUCUUCCUCCGCCGUGAAGUUCAGCAUAAACCUCUCCGGCUCCCCUCCUCUCCUCUCCUCGGAUGUGAAAAAUACACCCCUCUUCUUCUUCGGCCGCGCAGACUUCCGCCGUGAACACGACAUUCACUGGCCAACAACAUGGUUACACCUCACGGGCCCAGCCACAGAAUUCGAUCUCGACGAUUCCGCCAUCUUUGACAUGACAGACCUGCCUAUUGUCGUUGAGUUGGCCAAGACGCAAGGAGGAAAGAAGAAUAUCAAAGCCCGCGGACUGAGUGGAAAUGCUCCAGCGGAGGGUGCGCAUGCGGUUAUCUGUUUCCUGAAAAAUAUCAUCAAGGAGCAUUUUGGACUUGAUGGACAGGGUAGGAAUCUGGGGGAUUGUAUCCGGAUGUUUAGCGGUGUUGUACCGUAUCCUGGGUAUGCGCGAAAAGUACAGGACAAUAAGAUCAUCUAA